AUGCACAGCACUGAUACUGGUGAGCGCGCGGCGGCCUUGAUCACGGGGCGCUCGCGCAUCCCCGCGGUACUACCGGCGCGACACCGACCGUUCAGUUCAAACUCUACCGCCGCGUCCGGCAGACGCGGCUUACGUGAAACACACCCCCCAGACCACUUUAAAGAGAACCUUGUGAUUGUGCCUGUGACAUUAUCCUGUGCGUGUGACAUUAAAACAGCCACCAUGGUCGCCGGAGGCAAACAGAUGAACGUCCGUGUGACGACGAUGGACGCGGAGUUGGAGUUCGCGAUCCAGCAGACGACCACCGGCAAACAGUUGUUCGACCAGGUCGUCAAGACUAUCGGUCUAAGAGAGGUGUGGUUCUUUGGGCUCCAGUACACCGACUCCAAGGGUGAUCUCACAUGGAUCAAACUCUACAAAAAGGUGAUGCAACAAGACGUGAAGAAAGAAAACCCGUUGCAAUUCAAGUUUCGCGCCAAAUUCUAUCCCGAGGACGUCGCCGAUGAGCUUAUCCAAGAGAUCACACUCAAACUCUUCUACCUUCAGGUGAAAAAUGCGAUCUUAUCAGACGAAAUUUACUGCCCGCCGGAGACAUCUGUACUCCUCGCUUCGUACGCGGUACAAGCGCGGCAUGGCGACCACAAUCCCGCCAUACACGGGCCCGGUUUCCUCGCUAAUGACCGUUUACUACCCCAACGUGUCACCGAUCAGCAUAAGAUGUCCCGUGAUGAAUGGGAACAGAGCAUAACAAACUGGUGGCAAGAGCAUCGCGGUAUGCUGCGCGAGGAUGCCAUGAUGGAAUACCUGAAGAUUGCACAGGACCUAGAGAUGUACGGUGUCAACUACUUCGAGAUCAGGAAUAAGAAGAACACCGAACUGUGGCUCGGGGUAGAUGCCCUCGGAUUAAAUAUAUACGAAAAAGACGACAAAUUGACUCCAAAAAUCGGAUUCCCUUGGUCAGAAAUUAGGAACAUAUCGUUCAACGACCGCAAGUUCAUGAUCAAGCCGAUCGACAAGAAGGCACCAGACUUUGUGUUCUUCGCGCCACGAGUGCGCGUCAACAAGAGGAUCCUCGCGCUGUGUAUGGGCAACCACGAGCUGUACAUGCGCCGCAGGAAGCCCGACACCAUCGACGUGCAGCAGAUGAAGGCGCAGGCCCGUGAGGAGAAGCUCGCCAAGCAGGCCCAGAGAGAAAAGCUCCAACUAGAAAUCGCAGCCCGCGAACGUGCGGAGAAAAAGCAGCAAGAAUACGAAGAUCGACUCCGACAGAUGCAAGAGGAGAUGGAGAGGUCACAGGCCAACCUGCUGGAGGCUCAGGACAUGAUCCGCCGUCUCGAAGAGCAGUUACGACAGCUGCAAGCUGCUAAAGAGGAGCUUGAACAGCGCCAGAAUGAAUUGCAGGCCAUGAUGCAGCGCCUCGAGGAGUCUAAGAACAUGGAAGCUGCUGAGCGAGCCAAGUUGGAAGAGGAGAUCCGCGCGAAGCAGGAGGAAGUGACGCGCAUCCAGCAGGAGGUGGACGUCAAGGACACCGAGACGCGUCGCCUGCAGGAGGAGGUCGAGGAGGCUCGCCGCAAACAGGACGAGGCGGCGGCGCUGCUGGCGGCGGCCACGACGCCGCAGGAGCUGCACCUGGCGGAGAGCGGCGGCGGCGGCGACGGCUCGUCGGGCGGCGACGGCGACGCGGCCUCGGACGCCGGCUCCGAGUCGGGCGGCGGCGAGCUGGCGCGCGGGCCCGACGACCUGGUCGACCCCGUGGCCGACCGCCGCACGCUCGCCGAGCGCAACGAGCGCCUGCACAACCAGCUCAAGGCGCUCAAGCAGGACCUGGCGCAGUCGCGCGACGAGACCAAGGAGACGGCCAUGGACAAGAUCCACCGCGAGAACGUGCGCCAGGGCCGCGACAAGUACAAGACGCUGCGCGAGAUCCGCAAGGGCAACACCAAGCGGCGCGUCGACCAGUUCGAGAAUAUGUAG